AUGCCAAUCGCGGCGCCAUAUCACGACGAUUUCGAACUUGAGCGACUAGAAGACGAUCGUGGAAACAAUCUUGAUGACCCUGAUGCCCCAUUACCGGAACGAGUCUUAGACGAAGACGAGACAGCAGCGGUAAGACCUCGAUGGUUGGAGAACAGCCCACCUUGGACAAGAUCGUGGCUUAACAGAGCACAUCGCACCAUGGACAGUAUACGACCUCGAUGGCUGGACGACAGGCCGCGAUGGAAUAGUCCCAUGCUAGACAAGGCCUUCGCUAUCGUUCGACCAAGGCUUACUGUUGGAUACGUGCUCUGCUCGCUGAUAGUACUAUACGUAUUGUACUGUUACAUCAUCUGGUCACCGCUUUUUGCGUCGAAACUGCCAAGAUAUACAGGUCCUUUCGACGUUGGAGCCGUUGAUAUCGAAGUGCCGGUUGACAAACCACGAACAGUCGUGGAGGGAGUCUUCAAGAAGGACGGCAAGUCGGCUUUCGAAUUGGACACGGUCCUGUUUACGGUUUAUUAUCCGGCUGUAAAGGGGCCGAGAAGCUCUCCGUCAAAACACAAAUGGUUCCCUAAGCCGAUCAGCUUGAUAGCAGAAGGAUAUGCGACGGCAGCUCACUUCAACAAUUUCUUCUCCAGAGGCUUAUUCACAUUCGCAUUGUGGGGACUAGCAGGCAGCAUUGAAAUACCUGCAAAGGUGGAUGUACCCCUGCUAAAGCAAGCAAAAGAGGGUGAGAAGGAUCAGAAUGAACAGUUCCAGGUUGUCGUCCUCUCCCAUGGCGAUAUCAGCUCCAGAACGGACUACACGGCAUACUGUGGCGAACUUGCAAGCCGUGGUAUUGUGGUAGCAACCAUCGAGCAUAGAGAUGGAAGUUGUCCUGGAUCCGUCGUCCAUCUCUCAAAUUCAAAGCAGAAGAAUGUUAUGCUCUUCUCGGCUGAUCAGCUGAAACCGGCAGAAGGGAGUGACGAGGUGACCAACGACGACUGGAGGUUCAAGAAGCUGGCAUUCAGGGAUGCGGAGAUUGAGGAGACAGUCUCUGUUCUUCAGAAGCUGAACGCAGGCGAGGGGGAAGAGAUCUUCAAGAGAAAUUAUAGAAAAGAAGGGAAGUACCUUGGCGACUGGGAGAAAAGACUCAACUUCUCCGAAGUCGUGAUUGCUGGUCAUUCAUUUGGAGCAACUGGCGCACUGCAGGCUCUUAAGAAUGCCAACAAGACCAGUUCUGACCAGAAAGCAUGGGCCAACCCAGCAAUUGGUGGCAUUAUACUCGAUCCCGGGAAAAGCUCAGGCAAGCUGAACACUGACAUUGAUGUACCGCUCCUGAUCGUCCAUUCCGACUCUUGGUCGAAAGCGCGUACAAUCUUCUAUGGACGACCACACUUCGACACCGUGCGGGACAUUGCCCUUGACGUUCUAAAACGAUGCGGCGCAACAUGGUUCAUGACUUCCCUAAAGACCUCGCACCCAAGCGUCACAGAUGCACCCUUGAUCGAGCCGCUACUUCUUUCUUGGACUACGGGAGCAACGAUCGACGUACAAGAAGGCUUACGCGAAUAUGUGCGAGUUAGCAUGGAGUUCAUCUACUUCUUGAGGAAUGGUACCAAAGAAGGCGUUCUAGGUGUAGGAGUGACGCACGAAGCGUAUGGAAAUGAUACCAGAUCGGAAGAUCAAAAAGAGAAGAUGGAGAAAGAUGUAACGAAGUACUGGGAAGUGCAUGUGGCGCCCUCAACCGAGAAGUCUUGA